AUGUCCGCUAGCCCUAUCUAUCUCGGCGUUGUUGGCGUCGGUGGUGUUGGAACCGCAUUCCUGUCCCAGCUCGCUCGUCUUCCCAAUGCUCCAAAGCUCGUCCUCCUCGCCCGUUCUUCUCAGACCCUUCUCGCUCCGACACCGGCCUACUCCCCGGCGAUCCCCGCGGCCGACUGGGCAACCGCCGCAGCCACUCCUUCAUUGACAAAAACCGGCGCUCUGCCCGCUGAGGAGAUUGCUACAUACCUUGCUUCAGCUCCUGGACGUGCCAUCCUGGUUGACAACACCUCCGACAUCAACCUCGCCCGCCAAUACCCCACAUUCCUGAAGAAGGGCGUGUCAAUCGUCACUCCCAACAAGAAGGGCUUCUCCGACGACCUGUCUCUGUGGAAGGAUAUUUUUGCGUCUGCCAAGGAAGGAAAAGCCCUUGUCUACCACGAGAGCACCGUCGGCGCCGGCCUGCCCGUCCUGUCGACCUUGAAGGACCUGGUUGCGACUGGCGAUGAAGUUACCCGUAUCGAGGGUGUCUUCUCCGGUACUCUUUCCUUCCUGUUCAACACCUUCGCCCCGGCCUCGGGUUCCUCGGACGCCCAGUGGAGCGCUGUCGUUACCCAGGCCAAGGAGCUUGGUUAUACCGAACCCGACCCACGCGAUGACCUGAACGGCAUGGACGUUGCCCGUAAGCUGACCAUCCUGGCCCGCCUGGCUGGCCUCGAGGUCUCCCGUCCCGACUCUUUCCCUAUCGAGUCGCUCAUCCCCGCCGAGCUUGCCUCUCUGCCCUCGUCUGCCGAUGGAAUCGCCCAAUUCAUGGCUCGUCUGCCCGAGUUUGAUUCCCAGAUGGCGAACAUCAAGGCCACCGCCGAGAAGGAGGGCAAGGUCGUGCGCUAUGUUGGCAGCAUCGAUGUUGCUACCAAGGCCGUUAAAGUCGGCUUACAGUACUUCGAGAAGGAUAGUGCCAUUGCUGGCCUGAAGGGUAGCGACAACAUCAUCAGCUUCUACACCAAGCGGUACGGUGCCAACCCGGUGAUUGUGCAGGGUGCUGGCGCUGGGGGUGAUGUCACUGCUAUGGGUGUCUCAGCUGAUUUGAUCAAGGUUCUCGAGCGUCUAUAA